CAUGGGUUCUGGACCUGAUACUCGAAGCUCACUUUUAUCCAACAUCUCAUACAACCAAGGCCAAACAAAUGCUAUGGACGAAGAGCAUAUUCCUCCAACCCAGGACAGUCCAAUGGAUGUCAGCCAAAUACAACCACGAAUGAAAUCAGGGCUUCUAGAGCCACUUCCGUCUCGUAGGAAACGCAAGUCGAUGGGAAGCGAAGGAUUGCAAGAACAAAGUAGCCCAAGUCUAAGGCGUUCAAAGCGGAUCAAGAUCUCGGUCCCCUUGAAGGAUGUCGACUUGGAAUGGUAA